AUGUUCGGGUUCAUGAAGAAAGUGAAACGAGAUGUGUUCACCUUUGAGGAUCUCACCCGUUUCCCAAUGGUCUUCUAUAAGACAAUUGGUGAGGAUCUUUAUUCGGAAAGGGAUAAGAACCUGUUGCGACGUUAUUUACUACGUUUUUAUCUGGUUCUGGGAUUUCUCAACUUUAAUGCGUAUGUGGUGGGUGAGAUUGCCUACUUUAUAGUGCAUAUAACAUCGACGACAACUCUUUUGGAAGCAACGGCUGUAGCGCCGUGCAUUGGCUUCAGUUUCAUGGCCGAUUUCAAGCAAUUCGGAUUGACGGUGAAUCGAAAGAUAUUGGUUAAGCUAUUGGAUGAUCUGAAGGAGAUAUUUCCCAUGACAAAGGAGCAACAGGAAGCGUACAAUGUGGCGUUCUAUAAAAAGCAUAUGAAUCGUGUCAUGUGGCUUUUUACGAUACUCUGCAUGACGUACACAUCAUCGUUUAGCUUUUAUCCGGCAAUCAAAUCCACCAUUAAGUAUUAUUUUUUUGGCUCCGAAAUAUUUGAACGAAAUUAUGGCUUUCACAUUUUAUUUCCGUACGAUGCCGAAACGGAUAUCACCAUCUAUUGGAUAUCAUAUUGGGGAUUAGCGCAUUGCGCCUACGUUGCCGGCGUAUCCUAUGUCUGUGUCGAUCUAGUGCUCAUUACGACCAUCACACAGUUGACCAUGCACUUUAACUAUUUGGCCAAUACACUGGAGGACUACGACGGGGAUGCUCACACCGAUGAGGAGAAUGUGAAAUUUGCACAAAAUUUGGUUGUCUAUCAUUCCCGUGCAUUAGAUCUCAGCGAGGAGGUGAACAACAUAUUUAGCUUGCUCAUUCUCUGGAAUUUCAUAGCUGCUUCGUUGGUUAUUUGCUUUGCGGGCUUUCAAAUCACCGCCUCCAAUGUUGAGGAUAUUGUGCUCUAUUUCAUAUUCUUUUCGGCAUCAUUGGUUCAAGUCUUUGUGGUCUGCUAUUAUGGCGAUGAAAUGAUUUCAUCUAGCUCUCGCAUUGGUGCGGCCGUCUUUAAUCACAACUGGCUGUCCUGCAGUUCAAAGUACAAAAUGAUUAUGCGCUAUAUAAUGAUGCGUAGUCAGAAACCCGCCUCGAUCAGACCUCCCACAUUUCCGCCCAUAUCGUUUAAUACAUUCAUGAAGGUCAUCAGCAUGUCGUACCAAUUCUUUGCCUUGCUACGUACAACUUACUAUGGAUAA